UAGCUACCAAAGGAGGAGGAAGAAGAAGCUCUCCAACCUUUCUCCAUUGCUGCAACUCGAGCUCAAGCAAGAGAGGUCCAAGGAGUGGGAUUAAAGAAGGAAAAAGGCUAGGAAAAGUGUGUAAAUUAAGGAACUUGUGAAAGGUAUUUCAAGUGAUUUCACAAAGUUGGAAAAGUCGCCGGAGUUGUCGCCGGAGUUGACCGAAAGUCGCCGGAGUUUCACCGGAGUUCAACCAAGAGGGGUAGAACUUCAUAACGCUAGUUCAAGGUUGAAGCUAGAGCUUGCUACUUGCACCUUCUCACGGGUGAUAUCACAUCAGGAAGACGUGGUUCGUGCUUCCUUAUUUUCUUUCAAACUACCGAACACUUGCUCAUGGAUAUUUGUUUUACUAUAAACACUUUUUGGGCUUGCAUGCCCAUGUUGUUGGCCGGUUGUGGCUCAUGACUUACCGUUGAAUAUUUCCGCUAUUCAUUGGUUUAAAUGUGAUGUUGUUAUGUAUGUUUACUACUGAGUAUGGAUGAAUUGUUUUCUCGAACGCCUUGUGUAAUUAAGUGAGGUUGACCCGUGGGUGACGUCACUUAGUUAUACGGCGGUUGUACACGCGCUUGGAUUGCGGUCUGGGGCGUGACAAUUAAGUGGUAUCAGAGCCAUCUCAGUUCUAAACUAUAUAACCAACCUCUCACAGGAGAUUUUACAAAAGAGUUUUCACCGAAAACCAUGAGCACUGUAUUUUGACGUUUAUGGGACUAUUGGAGCUUAAGUUGCAAGGCCUCUAAUUGUUAAGACGGUACCCUUAACAAUUGGUAUGGUAGUGACUUGGGCCAAUACGCGUCUAUAACGUUCUUCCGUCAAUUGACAUUUAUAGGAGUCUAAUGACUCACCCAUAUUUCUUUCAGAAAUUGGGGGCAGGCGAAUGAGGACCAGGAACAAUCCGAGGGGGCAGGCGCCGGUAGCAUCCCAAAGGGGAAGCCGGGCUGCAUCUCGGGGUUCGAGAGGAGGCCGGGGAGGCCGUGGAAGCCGUGGAGGUCAUCAAGCUCAAACUGUGAGUGAUGGCCAUGUGAGCUCGGUGUAUGAGACCAACACCGAAGACUACGACUCAACCUACGUGCCAGAGACGGAGCAUGAAGAGACCCCGUAUGAUGGGGGUGACACGUACACCGAUUGUCGACUAAUUUUGACAUCUCUAUGCAUAGUCGAUUUAAUUUUCUUUUAAACACUAAUUGAUGAAUUCAUGUACAGUUCAUUUUUCCGACAAUUUUAAUAAAAAACUUUGGG